GUUUUUUGUCGGCCAUCAGUAACUUCCCACCGGCAGUAAACAUGACAGCAGCGUGACGUGCUAGCAGCAGCAGCAGCAGCAGCAGUAGUGUCCCUGGAUUCCAAGCGCCGCCAUGGAUGACCUGACCGCGGCCCUCUCGUCCAGCUUUGCCGUGUCCAAGGAGCCGAACAGCACAGCCGCCGCCCACCCCCGGCUGGCUCAGUACAAGAGCAAGUUCAGCGUGCUGGAGCAGAGCGAGCGACGGCGGCGUUUCCUUGACCUGCAAAAAACCAAAAGGUUAAACUACGUCAACCAUGCACGGCGCUUGGCUGACGGGGACUGGACGGGGGCCGACAGCGACGGGGAAGACGACACGGAGAAGCCUGAGAACGGGGAACGGGAUCAGGAGGGCAGCGCAGAGGAGGAGGGCAUGGAGAUAGAGAGCAGGAAGCUGCCCAAGCAUUAUGCUAACCAGCUCAUGCUGUCAGAGUGGCUGGUGGACGUCCCACCAGAUCUGGACUCUGACUGGCUGAUGGUGGUCAGUCCCGUGGGGAAAAGAUCUCUGAUUGUUGCCUCCAAGGGUUCCACCGCAGCGUACACCAAGAGCGGCUAUUGUGUGAACCGUUUCCCUUCCCUGCUGCCCGGUGGGAACAGACACAACUCGACCAUGGGAAAAGACUACACAAUCUUGGACUGCAUUUACAGCGAGGUGGACAGAACGUACUACAUCCUGGAUGUCAUGUGUUGGAGAGGUCACCCAGUCUACGACUGCCCAACUGAGUUCCGCUUCUACUGGCUCCAGUCUAAGGUCCAGGAGACCGACGGCCUAUCAGAGAUUUCCAGACGCAACCCUUUCCGGUUUGUGAGCCUUCAAAGCACCGACUGCACAGCAGAAUCCAUUCGGACAGCACUGGCAGCAGAGUAUAGCUUCAGUGUGGAUGGACUUCUCUUCUACCACCGGCAGACUCACUACACCCCCGGCAGCACCCCUCUGGUUGGCUGGCUCCGCCCCUACAUGGUCACAGACAUCCUGGGCAUGGAGGUCCCCGUGGGACCCCUCACCGCCAAGCCGGAGUACGCCAGCCAGCAGCUGCAGCAGAUCCUGGAGCACAAAAAAGUCUCCAGCGAAGUCCGGCCCGCCAACAGAAGCGGCGGCUACGAGUUGGAGUACCUGUCCACUCCGAGCCAGGACAGCAAGGACACCUUGAACUUCCUGAAUCCGAAGCCAAUAAAGGAGGCAAACAUGGAAAUGUGAGCGGGAAGAUUAACGAGAUUCAGAUUCCCCCGUGUCGGGCCGUCCACAACAAGCUCUUUAGGGUAUCUGUCCAAGGACCCAGUUGCAAAGCAUGGCGAAUUUUAAUCUGGCACUGCUCCGGACGCCCUCAGAGUGCAGAUUAGCAGCGCUGUGCUGCACGCCGACAUGCACACGUUUCACCUUCAGAAGCCGAGACAACAGAAAAAGGGCCGCGCCUCAAAUUUGUGGUCAAGUAGUGUGUUGCUGCUCUGUGCAUUUUCAUUGUGGAAGAACCGUGCACAAACCCUCUCAUCAUUACCGUUUGUGGUUGUGAAGGUUGUCUGCAACUGUUCUUCAUGCCCACUCAGCAGUUUUAGCAGGUCAUUAGUUCAGCAUCCGUAAAGCAAAGGUUGCAUGCUGAGCUGUCGGGGUUUUGAAACGUAAAGUGUCACUGACUGCUAUCCUGUCAGUCCUUGAUUAGCAACUGUGAUGGACUUUUAUAGUUGAAUCUUAAACUGAACAUGUUUUCUAAAUAAAUGCCUUUUUAAUUGAAGU